AUGCGAGUUCUCCAUUCAGCGAAGCUAUAUAUCAAUUUGAAGAAAUGUUCUUUCAUGCUGCCCAAGGUUCUUUUCCUUGGAUUCAUUGUCUCUUCCAAAGGCGUUAAAGCUGAUCCGAAGAAGGUUCAAAGCAUCAUCGAUUGGACAAUUCCAAAGACCAUCACUGAAGUUCGGAGUUUCCAUGGCUUGGCCUCUUUUUAUCGAUGCUUCAUCGAAGGAUUCAACACCAUCAUGGCUCCUAUAACAGAGUGUCUCGAAGGCAAAGGAAAAUUUGAAUGGACACCUACUGCUACUAAAGCCCUCACUCAAAUUAAGAAGUGUAUGACAGAGGCGCCUAUCCUACGACUUCCCAACUUUGACAUCAUCUUUGAGGUGUCUACUGAUGCUUCCCACGUUGGUAUUGGUGGCGUUCUUAUGCAAGUUGGACACCCAAUCGCAUUCUAUAGUGAGAAGCAAUGA